AUGGCUAUGUCCGUAUUGAAUGCGUACAUGAAUCACUUAAGGGACCGAAAGAAGAGGGACGCAGAAAAAUGCCCCUCUGUGAAAAGGAACGGUGGAUUAUGCAGGUUAACGGGGAAUGAAAACCAGAUAGAAGAGGUAGACGCAUGGAAGUAUGACGGCAAGUCAGUCGAGUGGAACAGAACAUUGGAGUCCUUCCUCUAUAGAGCGAGCAAGACAAUCUGCAUUCAAAUGGAAAUGUGGAUAACGACUUUAAAUGAAACAGUGGGUGAGAAAGAACAGAUAAGGAAAGGCAAGUGCACUUAUGGGCAAUUUCAGGAGAAACUGAGUACAGGGAGGGGGCUGGAAGGCUGUGGAUUUAAGAGGGAGGACUCUAGUUGGGUGCAGUUAAGCGAGAGAACCAAAUUGAAUAUGUAUCAAGUGGAAGAGAGGAAUUUACAGGUCUGUAUGGACAUAGUGAGGGUAAUAAUGCUGGGGUUAGGUUUGAAGCAGCAGGGGUCACAGAUAAGAAUUUCGGAAGAUGCAGGUACUGACCUCUGUGGAAGAGUGUACGAUGAGUUAAGGAAAUGGGGUGGGGAGGAGAUAGCAAUAGAUAUAAUGGCAAACUGGUUCAUGGUCGAAGGAUUACCCCGAAACUUUGAGCAAAACCUGAAAUUGUCAGGCCGCGACCUGUUCGAAAUGAUAACGGAAGGCAUUACUAAACCCGAUGGAGGGAUAAAAGGAAUAGUCUGUACCUAUCAUAGCACUGAUUCUGCAGAAGUUAAAGGAGGAGCCGUAGCCUUCAAAACGGGACGGUCAUCAGAUACUACGUGGGAUUCGUGGACCGCCCCUUUACCCGAGAGGGAGGAUGAAGGAGAGGAAGUCAGACCAGAAGUAACAACGUCUACAGCAGGGACCAACCACUCUAGUACAAGUUCCCCUUCAGAGAAGCAGCCAUUCACUUCCCUGACUACCAAACCCGACCAUUCAAACUCUGUUACCUGGGGAUUAGUGGGCGGCGGAGUAGCCGCGGUAUUGGGAUUACUGGCCUUUUAUGGCUUUAGCCGAAUAUGGGGGCCGAGGAUUGGCGGAGAACCUACACGAAGGAGGGAGGGCCACAGGAGUAAGGCACUGUCGUACAAGGUAAGUGAACGUCUGGAAGUAACCUAA